AUGACGAGUCUCAAGCGCUCGUUUGAGGCGGAUCCCUUUGCCGCGAACAUCUCCAGCAAGGUCUAUGUCCGUUCUACGAGGAAAGGCAAGGUUCAGAAGAUUGUGAGGGAGGUCUACCUGCGUCAAGAUAUCCCCUGCUCAUCUAAGCUUUGCCGGAGCUGCCUGCAGACGGCCCCCAGAGAUGCGGCCAACAACAUCCAACCAUUCGUCCUCUCGGACAAGCCCGCCGGGACCAAGGCGUUCCCUCAGGGGCACUAUAUCGUUCCAGACACCAAUGCGCUCCUGAACGCUAUGGAUCUCUUCGAACAAGGCUCUGCAUUUUACGAUGUCAUCAUUCUGCAGACUGUUCUCGAGGAGCUGCGCAAUCGCUCGCUACCGCUAUACAACCGUCUCGUCGGCCUGACCAAGAGCGAGGACAAGCGCUUCUAUGUCUUCUUCAACGACUUCCGUUUGGAGACAUACGUCAAUCGCAAGCCUAACGAGACCGUUAACGACCGAAAUGACCGUGCUGUACGCAAGGCUGUCAAGUGGUACGCCGACCACCUGGCGCAAGCCAAAGCCAAGAGCGUCCCUGCCGUUGUCAUGCUCAGUGACGACCAAGAUUGCUUGAAGAAGGCUAAGACAGAGGGUGUCGCUGCCAUGUCUCUGCGUGAAUACGUUGGAGGCCUUGAAGAUAGCGACAGACUGCUGGACAUGGUUGCCGAGUCGCGAAACUCUGACUUUUCCAAGAAGCCCAGCGGGCCCUUGUACGCGGAAUACUACAGCAUGUCCAAGAUGAUGACUGGUGUCAAGGCUGGAUUGAUGCACCAGGGUAACUUCAAUGUCUCUCCUUACAACUAUCUGGAAGGUUCUAUCAACGUCCCCGCCUUCCCGAAGCCUCUUAUUGUGCUGGGAAGAGAGAACAUCAACCGCGCAGUCAACGGUGACGUCGUAGUCGUCGAGGUUCUGCCCAAGGACCAGUGGAAGGAGCCUUCCACAAAAAUCAUUGAGGAAGAGGCCAUUACCCGCGACGAGAAUGCCGAUGCCGAGGAAGCUCAGGACUUUGUAUCUGAGAAGGAGCGCAAAGCGCUGCAAGAGGAGGUCAAGAAGACACAGAGCAAGAGCACCGAGGGCCGGGCACAACCAACAGCAAAGGUUGUUGGCAUAAUCAAGCGUAACUGGCGUCAGUACGUCGGACAUAUCGAUCCGUCAUCAGCAAGCAAGAGCGGCGGCCAGGGCCGUAAGCAGGACAACGUCUUCCUCAUUCCCAUGGACAAGCGCAUUCCCAAGAUCAAGCUGCGCUCAAGACAAGUCUCUGAGCUCCUCGGCAAGCGUCUGUUGGUCACAAUCGAUGCCUGGGAGCGCGACUCAAGACAUCCUGUCGGCCACUUUGUUCGUUCCCUGGGUGAGCUCGAGACCAAGGCGGCAGAGACGGAAGCCCUUCUCCUGGAGUACGACGUCCAGUACCGCCCGUUCCCCAAAACCGUUCUGGACUGCCUGCCAAAGGAGGGUCAUGACUGGAGGGUUCCUCAGAGCACGGAAGAUCCAGGCUGGAGGGACAGAGAGGAUCUUCGCAAACUCCUCAUCUGCAGUAUUGAUCCCAUUGGUUGCCAAGAUAUCGACGAUGCUCUCCACGCCAGGCCACUUCCCAACGGCAACUUCGAGGUGGGCGUGCACAUUGCCGACGUAUCUCACUUCGUCAAACCCGGAAACGCCAUGGACACUGAGGCUAGCUUACGUGGUACAACCGUAUACCUUGUGGAUAAGCGUAUUGACAUGUUACCCAUGCUUCUCGGCACUGACCUCUGCUCGCUGAAGCCGUACGUCGAGCGCUACGCCUUCUCCUGUAUCUGGGAGAUGAACUCGAACGCAGAUGUCGUCAGCGUUCGGUUCACCAAGUCGGUGAUCCAGUCCAAGGAGGCCUUCAGCUAUGAGGCGGCACAACUUCGUAUCGACGACGGCUCCCAGCAGGACGACCUUACGAACAGCAUCAGAACGCUUCUUGCACUGUCCAAGAAGCUGAAGCAGAAGCGUAUGGACGCCGGCGCCCUCAGCCUGUCUUCUCCCGAAGUCAAGGUCCAGAUGGAGUCCGAGACGUCAGAUCCCAUCGACGUCAAAACGAAGCAGCACCUCGACACCAUGUCUCUGGUCGAAGAGUUCAUGUUGCUCGCAAACGUCAGUGUAGCUACCAAGAUCCAUGAGGCCUUCCCUCAGACCGCCAUCCUCCGUCGUCACGGUGCUCCCCCCAAGACCAACUUUGACGAGCUUGCAGACCAGCUGCGUGUGAAGAAGGGGCUCGAGCUCCGUGUCGACUCUAGCAAGGCCCUUGCCGACUCCCUCGAUACUUGUGUCGACCCAGCCAACCCCUUCUUCAACACCCUUGUCCGUAUCAUGGCCACUCGUUGCAUGAUGAGCGCCGAGUACUUCUGUUCCGGAACCCAGGCCUACCCUGAGUUCCGCCACUAUGGUCUCGCCUCCGAGAUCUACACCCAUUUCACCUCUCCCAUCCGUCGUUACGCCGAUCUUGUGGCUCAUCGCCAGCUCGCAGCCGCCAUCGGCUACGAGGCCAUCCACCCGGCUGUCCGUAGUCGCGGACGUCUGGAGGCAGUCUGCAAGAACAUCAAUGUCCGCCACCGCAAUGCACAGCUUGCGGGCCGCGCCAGUAUCGCGUACUACGUCGGCCAGGCGCUCAAGGGCAAGGUCGCCGAGGAAGAGGCGUUCGUGAUGAAGGUGUUCAGCAACGGCUUCGUGGUUCUUGUGCCGAGGUUCGGUAUCGAGGGACUCAUUCGGCUCCGGGACCUUGCGGAGACGGAACCUGACAGUGUCUACGAUGCGGAGAACUACACGCUCACGACGUCGGGUAGCCGCAAGCUGAAGGUGGAUCUCUUCCAGAAGGUCAAGGUCAAGGUCACUGAUGAGAAGGACGAAGCCACCGGCAAGAGAGGUGUCAAGAUGGAGCUUGUCAGCGCAUGA